AUGACCUUUGGGCCAAACACAGUACAGCGUCUUAACCAACAACUCAGAUUCGUUUCCUCUUCGAAUCCAUCCACCAUGUCUUCCGCGUACACUCCUCGUCUCAUCGGCGCUGCCAAUACCCUUGAGCAUCGCGUCUUCAUCGAGCAGAAUGGCUCCGUCGUCUCAAGCUUCCACGACAUACCUCUCUUCGCCGACCAGAGCAAUGGCAUCCUCAACAUGAUCGUCGAGGUCCCCCGCUGGACCAACGCAAAAAUGGAAAUCUCCAAGGAGGAGCCCUUCAAUCCCAUCAAGCAGGAUAUUAAGCGUGGCAAGCUUCGCUACGUGAGGAACUGUUUCCCUCACCACGGCUACAUCUGGAACUACGGCGCCUUCCCCCAGACCUGGGAGGACCCCUCUCAACAGCACGCCGAGACCAAGGCCAAGGGUGACAAUGAUCCCCUUGAUGUCUGCGAGAUCGGCGAGCAGGUCGGUUACGUCGGCCAGGUCAAGCAGGUCAAGGUCCUCGGCAUCAUGGCUCUCCUCGACGAAGGUGAGACUGACUGGAAGGUCAUCGUCGUCGACGUGCUCGACCCCUUGGCUUCCAAGCUAAACGACAUCGAGGAUGUCGAAAGGCAUCUGCCUGGCCUCAUCCGAGCCACUAACGAAUGGUUCAGGAUCUACAAAAUUCCCGAUGGAAAGCCUGAAAACAUUUUCGCCUUUUCCGGCGAGGCCAAAAAUAAAAAGUACGCCACCGAGAUCAUUCACGAGUGCCACGAAGCCUGGCGCCGUUUGAUCACUGGUGAAUCUCCGGCCAAAACCCCGUCCUACGAUCUUUCUAUCCGUAAUAUUACCAUCGAAAAUUCGCCUGGCUUUGUCCGCAGGGACGACCCUUCCUACACCAGCCUCCCCCCUGCUUCAGGAAGGCCUGCUGCCCCCAUCGAUCCUUCUGUGUCCAAAUGGUUCUACAUUUCCUCUGCCCAAGUCUAA